AUGAGUAGUGGACUCCAGGCCCAGCUUAAGGUUUUGUCCCGACGAGCUGACAGGUUGCAAGUGGAGUGCGUAGAGCUAGCAGAGGCAAUUGCGGACUUGCUGGCACCUCAAGCCUUUGGUGAUUGGGUUUUGGUGGACGACGGCUUUCCUCCUCUUCCUAUUCAGGAGUUCACAGCCUUGAAAGCACUGCAAAGGUUUCAUAGUCUAGAAGACGGGUUUCCUGACACACCUGAGGAGUGUGUGCGUGUGGUUGCUCGCUCCCUUCCCUGUGAUCCUGAGGAGGUUGUUGAUCGUGCCAGGAAAGCUUACGUGACAGGUUUUUUGGCCAGGAUUGCCCUGUCGACCAGCACUCCCUUUGAUCGCACGGCCAAGAUUGAGGACGAGGAAUUGAAUCACUGGGUUGUUCUUUACAGGCAUACACCCGCCAUAAACAGGUGCUGGGUCCUUUGUCCCCAAACUGGACAAAUGGAUAAGUCCCUGGUAAAAUUUGCAAAAGGAGGUGAUCCUUCUUUAUUGGUGUGGAGAGUUCCGGCCACACUGACGGAGGAAGGAGCUGAUGGAAUUCAGAUCUAUGCGUUGCCCUUGAUGUCAAGACCUGGUGGAGCCCUUUAUGCUCUUCCUGAAAAAUCUCUUUCUGCAGAUAUGUUGCUUGACGCGAUGAUGCGUGACGAGCCUGGUUUGGUGGGGCCAUCACGUGAGUUUUCAGCACAGUUGAUCAUUGAAGAUGAUACGGGCAGUGGUGUCAUUGAGCUGGGUGUGUCCUCGACUUUUGUUGUUGUUGACCUUGAAGACAGCAUUCUUACAGACAUGCGUGAAUAUGACCCAGUCACUGACUCCACUGAAGACAUCUUUCCCUUUUCGCAGAAUGAGCCCAAUGCACUGCCAAAAGUUUUGACAGCUCUCCCUUUAGUGGCAGAGUGGAUUGAGAAUCUUGCCCAUGAAAGGCUGAACUUUUACUCGGCUCGAGAAGAGCCGGAUCUGCCCGUUGUGCCUUCCCCAAAGAAGGCGGCACAGAAGAGGGCAGCCAAGCCUACCAUUGCUGGCCUUUCGGCCCAGCUACUUACAGUGCAACAACAACUGCAAGCAGUUAUGGCGCACCAAGAAUCUCUGGCCGUCGCAGGCCAACAAUUGAGUGGGCAUGCCGCACCUGCAGUAGAGCUGCGAAGUGGAGUUGUUCCAGUUACUAUGCCUGCCCUGUCCUCUGGUCUCAUAGGUGGUACUGCCCCGAAAGUGGCUGCUACUCUUUUGGGUCCACCUCCAAAGACCAAAGCAGCAGCAGAACAGAGCGUAGCAGGUGUGGGUCCGAACGCCGUCCCGAUCCAGGGCGGCCCUGGAUUUUCUGGAGAGAUGACGAUGGAGCAGACACUGUCUCAGCAGAGCAUGGCCCUUACACAAUUGGUGGCUCAUUUGACUGGAGGGGAUCCUAUGUCAGAUCUGGCAGGCAGCUCUAGCACGACCGGCCUGAGUUUUGGUACUAAAGGCGUUGCCAGACGAGAGAAGUUGCAGUCGGAGCUGGCUUCGCGGACUUCAACUUUCUUCCUACAGGUACAACAGCAGCUCUUCAAGAGAAUGAACCCAGCCAGGGUUGUCCCUAGGACAGCGGAAGAACUGUCGCAGGCAGAUGUGUCUAUGACUAGUUAUCUGGAACGAUAUGGGGGCUUCAAGAACAACCGAGAAGCUGGGCUCAUAAUGUGGAUCCUAGCUCAUGCAAUGGAUGCAGCGGCUCAGGAGGACUUCCAUGCCACGAAGGAGUAUAUGGCUCUUUUGGCGGCCUCGCUAGAGCAGAGUGUUUUGGAUGGGGGGUGGAAUAUAGCUUACAUUCUGUCCUUGAUGGAGGAACCUCCUCAGCAGUUGUUCAGCGAGAGGCAGCAGCCAAUGGCGUCGUCAGGCCGCCCUUUCUCGCCUCUAGUUCCUCCUCAGUGGGCGGCGGUGGCCUUGAGUUACCUGAAGGAAAUAGAAGUCCUCUCUACCCGCAAGGUAGAGAUGCGCCGCCCUCCGGCAAAAGCCACAACCGGUGAGAGCGAUCCUGCUGCUCCGGCCAGCCCAAAAAGGAAGCCGCGUUUUCCCAAGAAGCCGAAAGCAGGGGGGGAGAUUUCCCCUUGA